UUUGACAUUGACAAUAAGCAGUCAACCGACAGCACCGACAGCAUUUCAAAGUGCACACUUUAUUCCUGACUGUGCUGUGUCUGAACGGGGUCGAUUAUUUAUACAGCGAUAAAAUAUUGCUGUUGGAAAAGAAAGCAGUGUGUUCCCGAGAAUAUGCGUACGUAAAUUCAAACGAAUCUAUGGCACCGGAAACGGGUCCAUGCAUUCAGGCUAGUUUUUCGUUUCUAUGCGUCGUGUUGAAGUGUAAUCGCGCAGUAGAAUAUGGUGAUUUUUGAGUUUCCAGUGCAGAGCACCUUUGUUUUUGUCCGUGCAGUGGUUAGUGAGGCAAGUUUUUCUUGGUGCAGAAAGUGCUAGUUAUGUGUUUAGCUGCUGGUUAGCACAGUUAAAACGCAGUUUUCGCAACCAGCUCGGUAUUGUUCCCUAAAGAAUCCUGCUCCCUUUCUUCCGCUCUUCCUUUGCGUGAAAAAGCACGGCACUGGGUGGAUGCGGUUGUACGUGGUUUGUGUAUGUGUGUGUGUAUGCGGGCAACGAUUGCAAUGUUUUCAAUCGCAAAGACUAUAAUGGCGACGGCUGCUUAGUGAUUACGUCCUCGCGAUCUGCGGCCCGCAGUAUUCACUUUUUCAUCGUUGCUCCAUGUACACAGGGAUACAGUGUUGAUUCCAAUGGAAAGCGAACAGGAAAUGAUUCAUCCUUAGCAAUAAUUACUUGAAAAAAAAGACACGGAUAAGGCACGAAUUUGUUUUGUGACUUUUUUCGUUCCCUCUUGUGGUCAGUUGUCAUCUGGGUGAAGCUGUUGGUGUUUACUACGAUGUAAAGUGCUGGUGCACAACGCGGAGAGAGAAAACGGAAAAUCCCCCAAAAAGAAACACCAUCUUCGUUGCUGUUGCGUAUUUAGCGGAAGUAACCCAUAGGUUGCUUUGUGCAUCGUUGUUGUAGGAUUUCAAAAACUACAAUCAAAUACAGCCGCUAGCGAAGAAACAGUGGGUUUGAUUGUGCAUUCCAUUUAUUUUCGUGUCUGAUGUGUAGAGAACAAAGUAUUUUUUUCAGUGCGAAUAAAAAACAAACUUAUGUGAAGACAAUCGUACCACGCACCCGUACCUGAUACACUAGCCCAAAACCCCAUUUCCUCUAACCACUACUGCCGGCAAGCUGAGGUGCGGUGUGUUAGACAUGAUUAACACCCUCAUCAUCACCCUCCUAGAGCCGGACAGGCACUAGAGAGUUGUGUAGUUCAUUCUUCAACUGCGCGUACAGCGACAAGAACGAGGACGCGUAUUGCCGGCUAGCAGAAAAAAGGGUAUCAUAAAUACGGAUUCCAGAAGCGAAAUAGACGUGCAAGCACACAAGAGCACAAUAACUAUAUAUAGUACAACCGACUAUCAGCGUUAGGGUGUUCUUCGGCUCCAUUGCGAAACAUAAUCGACCGUGCCGCGAAAUGAACGUACCCCAGGAGCUGGUGAUAAUGUCGGACGGUACGGAGCGUACGCAGAAUUGCCGACUGAAACGGUAUCACCGGCAACCGAACAAACCUCUCGCCAGUCGGCGUUAUCAUCGGGCGAUACUGGUGGUUGCAAUGAUCCUGGCGAUGCUGCAACUGAUACCAUGCGCCCAAGCAGACAUUCUAGUCUAUCAGAUGCUGAACGAUCAGAUCAUCGAAGAAUUUCGCGACCUUCCGGCCACCUUUGGGGGUGACAUUCCUGAUUCUGGCCUAAAGGUACUCGCAGACAGGGCCGACCCACCGGAUGGUUGUUUGGAAAUGCGCCAAGCUCCGAAUUCGACGAGUAAAUUUGCAGUAGUGAUUGCCCGUUACAACUGUUCGUUCGAGGUGAAGGUACGAAAUGCUCAACAGGCUGGAUAUGCCAUGGUUAUUGUACAUAAUGUGGGCAGUAACGAUUUGGAGCAUAUGUCCGCUAAUCAUCCGCAAGAUCUGCUCAUCCCGUCGGUGUUUGUGGGUGAAGGUAGCGGACUCAGCAUCAUCGAAUCGUACCUGUACGAUCGAGGUUAUGCCCUUGUCAUCACCGAUGACAUCCCGUUCAACAUUAGCAAUAAUCUGAUUAUUCCGUUCGCCAUCGUUGUUGGGUUGUGCUUUAUCAUUAUGGUGCUGUUCAUGAUUAUCCGUUGCAUUCGUGAGCGCCGUCGACGGAUGCGCCAUCGGUUACCGGCCCGUGUACUAAGACGGAUCGGCAUUGUAAAGUUCGCCAAGGGCAUGAAUUUUGACGUGUGUGCCAUCUGUCUGGAGGACUUUGUGGAGAACGAGCGGCUGCGGGUGUUGCCCUGUCGGCAUGCGUAUCACGCGAUCUGCAUCGAUCCUUGGUUGACGAAGAAUCGCCGUGUUUGUCCUAUCUGCAAACGGAAGGUAAUUAUACGGGGAGAAGCACGUCAACGACGGUACUCCAGCGACAGUCUGUCCUCGACGAAUGCGGACGAAUCAACACCACUGCUAAACUCGACGGAAAAUAGUGGAGUCAGUGGUGCUGGAGCAGCAGCAGCAGCAGUAGUAACCGCACCACCUGCGACAUCGUCUUCCACACCAGCCUCUCCCGGCAGCACCGUACCGCCUACAUCAGGGGACAGUGCUGCAUCGCUACAGGCUGGUGCUUCACCGCAACGGGAGCAACAACACAUUCAACAAAAUGCCGCUCCCAACAGCCACGUGAUGGAAGUGCCACCUUCGGACGAUGAUGAUGAGCUGUUGGAUGAUCGAAAUGUACCGAGCGUACGCUGGCUGAUGCGCGGUCGUAUUUCCUCGCAGCAACAGCAGCAGCAACAACAGCAGCAACCAUUAAACGAGUCACCUUACAGUCCGAUUGGUGACGAUGUGGCACCUUGGCAUCGUUGGAGGUUUAUCCAAAGAUUUUUCACACGAUCUUCAACGCAGGCCGAAAACGUUGGCGACAUUCAACAGGAACCACCACCCAACCAGCAACCAUCGGUGACGCCGAUAAAUCCCACCGCACCUCUCGGUACCGGUAAUAACAUCCUCAAUGCGCAUCUGUCCGGCUCGUUCCACGGUUCGGAAGAUACGACCGAUGACGAGCUGCUCGAUGCGAUGCGCCGCGAUAGGACCAAGCAGCGUCAGUUCCGUUCCGCACCGGACAUGCCCUCGACCAGCGUGGGAGGUCGUAUUGGGGUGAUCGCGUUGCCGAACGUAAACUUUAACCCGGCCGGUGGAGCAGCAGCAGCACCACAACCACCAGCACAGUCUACGUCCGAUGAUAGCAAUAGACGUGUCCCGCGGCGUUCACGUCGAGAGCGGUGGCAUGAUGCGAAUGGCAACAAUAGCCACAUUGUGUAGAUACAGGACUAACUGUGCAAAGAAGGAAAUGGAAGGUAAAUGUGAUGGUGUGUGUGGGUGUGUGCUAUAGCCUCCGUGGCUACGAAAGAGCGAUGUGUGUUUUAGGAUAAUUUUAAAAGGAUAGCAAAUGUGGAGUGAAUAAUACCCGAUGGCACCGGAUGAACAAAAACUACGAUACCUAUCAUUCAUCAUCAGCCACCAUUAUAAUGUGCGACCAUAUUGAUGUCGCUUACACACGUGAUAUAGAGUACAUAUAUAUGUAAGCAUAACAACAAGAAAAGAAGAAAAAAAGAGCAAGAUUUCUGUUUUUAAGAUUUUGGAACGUUCCCGUUCGAUGCCGUGGCAAGAUUGAAGGGCAAAAAAACCGGUGGUGCGCAAUGCAACCGUCACCGUCGGUUAUCUAUUGUUUCGUAACUUCGGAAUAGGAUGUCCUCUCGAAUGUGUUAAAAUUAUCCGUACUUCGUUUAGUGACAUUUGUUGCCCGGUGCCGAGGCACAAUGUGUGCGCAUUGCCUUUUUCGUUCGUUUUGCCGGCAUCAAUCAAUCCACAUCACCCGGUGGCCGCUUCCUGUUGAACUAAUUUACCGUCUUACCUUUACAAGUAUAUAGUCAUUCGUAUAUUAUUCGUAAUCAUAUGUUCAUUUUACUAACCGGAACGGAGUAGUACUGUGCAGGAAAGGUUGAAUUGCUAUAUGGCGCAACGUGAGAGUGUACUCGCAAGAUGCGAAAUUGUGUUGCGAGUAGGAAAGGUAGGGGAAUAAAUAAAAAAAAAACACGCAAUAUGAAUGUAAAUGUGAUUGUGCAGUGUUGAUUUGCUCGCACUUUAACACGGAAGGGAAUGGAAAGGUAGAGAUAGUGCAAGUGUAACGCGUUGUACCAUUUUACACUCGACGAUCAUCUUCCGACACUGUUCCACACACACACAGCCGACGUCAUUCGAAGAAAGUGGUGGUUCUCAUUUUUAAAUUCACAACGCAUUAAUGUGAAGGUUGCAGAAGACCUAGGCCCAACCAGUAGAUCAGUAGCAAUAUGGUAGCAGUAUCUCCGAUUAGCUCACGAUUAGAGAGGAUCUUCUAUUAUUCUCCGCCCUAAUUAGAUCCUUAAGCGCCAUCGUCCAUUGGCUCCCCCCAUCCGUGGCUAGUGCUAGAGCGGCGCGAGAAAACCCAUUUGGUAGAUAUACAUGUAGAGGCUUAGGAAUAAAUAUUAUUCGAAGUAAGCAUAAUCCGUGUGUGUUCGGAUUUGUAAAAUGGAUGUGUUUAGUAUGUGAGAAAAGUGAGCGAUUGACAGUAAUUCACAAUGGAAACAGUAAUAGAAUCAUGCAAGGGCUCAGUUUGCAGCUAAUAACUAUCGUCCUACAAAGGGAGAACCCAGGACAGACUCACACUCAUCUCAUGACGGAGGAAAAACACUAAUGUAACCAUUGAAUUCAGCAAACCCCAUCAUCGAGAACACAGAAUUUACAAUAAAGUGAAACACUAGUAAAACA